CAUGUGGCGUGUUUUAAGAUUUCGGUUACUAAUUUCGCGUUCCUUUUGCGUUAAAGCAGAUAAUUGCGUUAAAUCGGAGGCGAGAAAAAAUCCCGGCACACGCAUAAGAGAGGGAAAAGCAGAAAUAAUAUUAACUCAAGAUGCAUUCUAUAAUCCUGUGCAGGAGUUCAAUAGGGAUUUAAGUGUUGCCGUUAUCAAAGAAUUUAUUAAGAAUUAUGUACCAAAAAAUAUUAAAUGUUUAAAUAAUGAUGUUGCAGAUGGAGGCAGUAAGGGCAGAAUUCAUAUUUUAGAAGCUCUGGCAGCUUCUGGAUUGCGAUCCAUCAGAUAUGCUAAAGAGAUUCCGGGAGUCAGUACCGUGACAGCAAAUGAUAGAUCCGAAACUGCGGUGGAAGAUAUUAAACAAAAUAUUAAACUGAAUGAAGUGGAUCAUACUGUCAUACCAAAUUGUGAAGAUGCUGUGCUAUUGAUGUAUAAGCAUAGAAGUUUCCAAAAUCAGUUUCAUGUAGUCGAUUUGGAUCCUUAUGGGAGUCCUUCGUCUUUUCUUGAUGCUGCUGUGCAGUGCAUUUCUGACAAAGGUCUGCUGUUGGUGACUUGUACGGAUACAGCAAAUUUGUGUGGACGCUUCAGAAGAAAGUGUCAUGCCAUUUACGGAUCGCUCUCACUUCGAAUGUCGAGCUGCCACGAGAUGGCACUAAGAAUAAUUCUUCGGAGUAUCGAACUUCAUGCCAAUCGCUAUGGUCGUCACAUAAUGCCACUUGUCUCCGUGCAUGCAGAUUUCUACAUUAGGGUAUUCGUAAAAGUCUGCAAGAGCCCUAACAAUGCAAAUAAAAGCAUAGAAAAAUUGGCAAUGGUUUAUAAUUGUACUGGUUGUGGAACCUUUCAUUUGCAACAUUUGUCAGAGACCAUGGAUGGAGAGGAAAUUCCUGUGUUGCCGCAACCACCUCCAGCAUUGUGUGAGCAUUGUGGAUGCAAGUUUCAGUUGGCGGGACCAAUUUGGACAGAUAAUCUCCACGAUAAAGAUUUUGUUGGUGAACUUUUGAAGACCGUGAAAAGUGAAAAGAAUAAUUACGGCACAACCGAAAGAAUGAUAGGCAUUCUUUCAGUCAUUUCCGAGGAACUAGAUAAUUGUCCUCUGUAUUAUCGUUUACCACAUUUGCUAUCUGUCAUUGCCUCCUCUCAGCCAAGUCUCUUCACAUUCAGGUCUGCAUUACUAAAUGCCGGCUACCGAGCUUCUCUAUCUCACACCUGUAGAGAUUCACUAAAGACGGAUGCCCCGAGCGAGGUCAUCUGGGACGUGGUGAGAAGUUGGGCAAAACUAAACCCAGUUAAGAGAGAUAUAACUGGUACUCCAGGAGAAGCCAUACUCAAGAAAAACAUUAAUACACCGAUAAAUUUUGAUCCUCAUCCGGAAGCGGAGCCGUUGUCUAGAUCUCUGAAACUUGUGAGAUUUCAGCAUAAUCCCAAACCUCACUGGGGACCAAAAACCAAAAUUAAACAAAGGAAAAAAGACAAAAGUUGAAUAUCGUAGAACAUGAGUCAGUCAUUAAGAAUAAUGAUUUCCCAGUAAGUGCUUCUGUAGCAAGGAUAUGUUGUGGCAUUUAACGAGUCGCAAAAUGCAGAGAUUCCACUGACGUCACCUCUUUUUAAACCCAUACUUUUUCCGCUCAUAAAACAGAUCGGUCUUCGAGCUUCCUA